AUGCGGCAGUGGCAUCAGGGCGCGGCCGCCGAUCGAGCACGGCGCUCCGGAUCAGGCGGGCGGGGGAGAGCCAGAUCGGGCGCCUGCAGUUGUCACCGCGCCGGCGCCGCCACCGCCACACCGAGCCACACCGAGGACGAGUCCCGCCACGCGCGUCCACGCACGACCACCACGCCGACGGGGGCAGGCAUGACGGACAAGGCCGUCUCCCGCCUCUCCAUGCCUGCGUCCUUCGCGUCCGGGCCGUCCUCCGCCAGCUCGCGCACCCACUCUCGCCGCCCGUCCCUCGCCGCUGUUGGCCCCUCCAAGCGCCGCACGCAUCUCCCCAACCACGCCUGUCGAUACACCCGCCACGUCGCCCACCUAUGCCAGUACCCAGCAAUCGGGCGCGGCGCCGCACGCAGGCUGCUGAUGCCGACCGUGCGCUCCGCGAAGCCGACCAUGGGCUCACCGAAGAUACCGCCGUACAAGGCGUCGCCGUCCAAGAUGUCGAGGUCGCGCGCAGGCUCCGUCUCCAACCCGUCCUUCCUCUCGGACCAGAGCGACAAGUCGGCGACCGCAGCCAUGCCCGACUGGAUCGGGGGCGGGCGGAGGUUCGAGAUUGUGGAGGAGCAGAUUGAGCUGGCGGGGUACCAGAUCUACGCGGUGGAGAAGUGGGUGGUCGAGCGCCGACGACCGGUAAUCGUCUUGACAGUGUUCACCGGAGAUCCGCAACACAAGAUACUGGUCACCGCCCUCUCACCGUCUUCAUCACUAAGUCCCUCGGAAGCUCAGACAGAAUGGGACCAAGCGCUCCGACACCUUCGCAGUGAAGGAGCACGACCCAAGGAUAUAGGUCUCGGUACCCUCAUGGUCACUUCCCUCGCAAACUUCCGCUCAGACUAUACCAUUGUACAUAUACCCCGGGGCAACUUCCUCGAAGUCCGUGAACAGCUGUAUACUAACAUCAAUCUCUUGCGCAUGGGCUGCAGCGGGCGCAGUGCGCUCACUCUCGAGGAGCCAAGUGAUACCACGAAGGACCGCUUCAUCCUGAUGUACCAUAUCCCCGACAAAGGGAACGCGCGCUCUGCUGCAUGCUUCAAUGCCACUGUACUCGAACUCGUCAAGCUCACCCAGGCCGGGCUGGCGAUGUUCGAGCUAUUCGACACGUCUCCGGAGGAGAGGAACGGCCUGCUGUGUGAUGUAACAUGCGAUGGCAUCCGGCGCUGGGCAGCCGAGGUCGGGGAGCCAUGCAUGAAGAUUGAACCCACAGAGCGGGUCGCAGACCCGACAGUACUAUCCGCCCUCUUCAGUCUCAUUCUCACCACCAGGAACAAGCUGCACGCCCUCGGCUACUACGUCCCCAAGGACCCCUUCCUGGACCCCGGCAACUUCACCCGCGCCCUCACCGCCUUCCAGUCUCCUCAACGACAUGGACACGGCUACAGUCACUCCAUCUCCUCCCCGCGCACCUCCUCCCCUCCCCGAGCCACGAGCCCGCACAAGGCGCACCACGGCUCGAUCGCGCCGUCGACCGUCCCCUCGCCGACGCCGCCGGUCGCGUACCUCUCGCAGGCGCUCGUCGAGGCGGUCCAGGCCGCGUACGACAAGAAGAUGCGCCCGACGGAGUCGUACAAGGUGCACCGCGUGCUGAUCAGCAAGCUCGACGACCUCGUGGACGACCUGCGCUCCGCGGCGGACGGCGAGGGCGCGCCGCCGGGCCAGGGCGCGAGCGGCGUGAACCCGACGGCGGACCUCGGCGCGCUCGUGCGGCUCGUGGUGGCGAGCUCGGCGAAGGACGCGCCGAGCAGCUUGAGGUAUCUGUGGACGGGGAGGCCGGAUGAUGUCGGGAAGAAGAGGAGGGAGAAGGAGGCGGUGUGGAGUGAUGGGGAACGGGAGCGGGAGGAGAAGGAGGUGGAGAAGGACACUAAGGAGAACAGAGAACGAGAGAAGGACGGGACAGAGAUCGAGACAAGUCGCGAGGAUAAGGAUCGAGAGAAGGAGAGGGAGGAGAGGGAGCGAGACGUGAGAUCAUCGGGCGACGAGAGCGAGUCGUACAAGCCCGUGCGGAGGGUGCAGCGCAAGAUCGAAAGCUGGGCAGCCCUUGGACGGGCCAAGAAGCUCAGUGUUGAUUUUGGCAACCUAGGGAAGAAUCGCGGUGGACAGUCUGAACAGUCUGGUCCCUCGUCAACAGUACCCUCGGUGAGGAUCACAGGGGACCCGGACGAUGAAGAACCACUGAGCAGCGGCCAGGCGUCCCCAUCUAAUGCCGUACCCACCAUGCUUGGGAUCGGGUCAUACACCCCUGCGCAACGCUCUGCAAGCCAACUCUCCGAGUAUGACAGGCGCGUCACCGAGUUCAACAGGAAGCGGCCCUCGACCAGGCCGCACUAUCAGUCGCGCAUCAUCAGCUGGUCAGACCCGCUGAGCGCGAAGGAACUCGUCGACUCCAUCUCGUCCGACGAGAGGGAGCCGCAUCUGUCAACUCUUCGGCGGACGGACUCGAUCGAGGAUGACGAGACGGAAGUGACUGCCAGCGACACCGAGAUGGACACCGCGCGGCGCAGGCGCACGCUCACCUUCGGUCCGCGCCGGUGCCGCUCCUUCGACGCCGCCGCGGACAUGGCCGACACGCGCGUGCUCCCGCUCGAGCGCAUGCGGGUCGACGUCGAGCUCUGCGGGCAGCUGCUGGUGAUGUACCGGCGCGAGCAGCACCUCGUGAACAUCGCCGCGUGCCUCGCCGCGCUCACGGAACGGCUCUCGCGGACGAACACGCACCUGCGGACGGACCACGAGCGGGCGCGCCCCGGCCUCGCGGAGCUGCGCGAGCGCGCGGGGCUGCUGCACCAGGUCGAGGCGGCGCGCGCGCGCGCGGACGUGCUGACGCAGGAGACGCAGGCGCUCGCGUACGAGAGCGCGCAGUACCUCGUCGAGGACCUGUGGCAUAUGGCGGUGCAGCCCCGCCGGCGGGUGUUUGCGCUCCGCGAGAAGACGUUCGGGACGGGGCGGAAGCACCCGCAGGGCGUGCGCGGGGCGCAUGGGCGGUUCAACCGUGUGCAGUGGACGCUGGACGGGCGCGAGCGGCUCGUGGACGCGCUCGGGAGGACGGAGAGUGAGGCGGAGGAGGAGGAGGGCCUGCCUGGGGCGGACGCGAUCGACAUGGAGGAGAGCGAAGAUGAGGUGGACGCGGUGCAGCACCAGAGCUUGCGCCCGACGUGGUUGCUCAACUUCUUCAACUACUGGGGCAGCAAGUGGGGCGCUGCGGGCCAGAAGAAGGAAUCGACACCUCCGAAGGAGGACGAGGUUCAGUCGGACAGGGAGGACGCGUCGGAGGAAUUGCAGACGACCUCGGAUGCGUCCUGCGGCAAGACAACCAAGACAACAGCUGCAUGA